GCCUGCCUGCCUGCAGUCAGUCAGUCAGUCCAGCCAAUUCACCAGUCUGCUCGCAACUGCCAUGCCGGUAUCGAGCUAUCCCCUUUAAAUUCUUCACUGUCCUCACAAUUCGGAAUAAAAACAAGUUAUGUCUUUUUUUAAACUUUUGAUUUAACUCUCGAACAUUCAGCACUAUUUCGAGUCGGAACUCGUCGAAAAUGUUCGUCUUUCUUCGAUCCAUUUAUCCUUCUUGAUAUAUCCCGAGACUGAAGAAAGCCUCCGAAGAACAAGUCCACUGGAAUUCUGAUUACAUCAGUAAGCAGGACGGCGGAGCCACAUUGUCACCACAUGUGCAAAUCGCCAUCGCUACUCAGGAUUGGUCGGGCUCCUCGAAAAAAGAGCAAUUAUUAAGAGCAAAAGGACCAAAUGGACAAGAAAGGUGAAAAGAAAACACCCGCCAACCGGAGGAAACUAUCAUUUCUAGGAUUUGGAUCCAGAAGUUCUGUCGACGGACAUGGCCCGGAAACGGUACAAGAACUCGACGAGGAGAUGGAUAAGGUUUUCGCGAUGGAUGCCGGAGAAAAAUUCGACGUAGCCCGAUUUGAAUCUCCCACCGAAUCUUCAGGGUCGGACCGAGAUCGCGAUCGAGGACCACGUUAUGGCGAUUGUGAUAUCAGCCAAUACAGGAAGCGAAGCUAUCCUCACCCGCACAUGCCUCUGAAGAGUCUUCAUUCAAGAUCUAUGAGACGUCAUUUAUCACCUGAAGGUUCUACCACCGACGCAAGUCCGGAAGAGGAGUCCCCAAGCAACGAACCACAUGGAGCGAAUAACGUGCAGGAAUCGGACGUCCCACCGGAUAACAGCCGGAGAGUUGCGCUUCUCGAGGAUGAGGUGGAUGUUGAUGAGUUGGAGGUUGACGAGGAGGAGGAUGAGGACGUGACUGAGAGAAUCGACGACCAGGUGGAGAAUGUCCUCAGUAGUGAGAGCGAAGCACCUGCCUCGGAAAGAGCAGCUUCCGGUUUCAGCGAGAGCUCUCCAGCCGGAAGUCCAAGAGUUCAGUUCGAAAAUAUCAAAGAGGAAGGAACUGCUCAAUCCAAUCCCGACGAACCAACCGAGGAGGAACGAAAAGGCCGCCGACAUCGCGAUCACAAUCUGGCGGUUUAUAAUGCCUACUACAGUUUUCUACACAGAAGACACCACCACCAUCACCACCCGAAAAAAUCGCGAAAAUACUCUCUGCAAGAGGAUCCACAAUGGAGAAAGCGAUCAGGUGCAGGUCUGCCGGACGUGGCCGGCCUUAUCGGCCGGAGGGUCAGCGUCCAACCGGACGAGGCCCGGACCCUCCAGGAACUGGACAUCGACGACCUGGAGUCCCACAGGAGUGAUGAUCCUCGAGGGAUGAGGAGACACAAGGCACAUCCAACAGUGCAAAUUGGUCGGAGAAAAGAGGGCGGAAUACCUCAUGAGACCUUCAAAAAAAUGUACGAUCACUCGCCCCAUGAGGUUUUUGUCCAGCUGGACGAGUUGCACGGCGUCGGCGAAGACCGCGAAUGGAGAGAAACAGCUAGAUGGAUAAAAUAUGAGGAGGACGUUGAGGAGGGUGCAGACAGAUGGGGAAGGCCUCACGUGGCUUCUCUGAGUUUCCAUUCUCUGCUGAACCUUCGACGAUGUCUCGAGACGGGUGUGGUUUUACUGGACCUGGAGGAAAAAGAUUUGCCCGGAGUGGCCUACCGAGUGGUGGAGCAAAUGGUGGUGGAGGAACUGAUUUUGCCGGAGGAUCGACCAGUGGUGAUGCGGGCUCUUCUUCUUAGACAUAGGCACGUUAACGAGCACGAUUCAAAAGGCUUCAGAUUCAAAAGGAAUUAUUCGAGUUAUACGAGCUUGCAGUCUCUCUGGGUUGAGGAGGAAGACGCUGCGCGGGAUGCUGUUCUGAGCCAUGUAACUAGAAAUAAUCUUAACGACGCGAAGCCAAAAAUCAUUUCGUCAACGCACGGUCUUGACGGCAAUCACACGGCAGUGGACAUGAAGGAAGAACUGACCUUCGCCAGCAGUAACGAGGAUCUGAAAAAGGUCCAGAACGACUACAUCCUGAAAAGGAUUCCCGCUGGAGCCGAGGCGACCGUCGUGCUCGUCGGCGCGGUCGAUUUUCUCGAUCAGCCGACGAUUGCUUUCGUCCGAUUGGCAGAAGGGGUCCUAAUGCCGAGUAUCACCGAGGUCAAUAUACCGGUGAGAUUUCUUUUCACGCUGCUGGGCCCGCGAAACGCUGAUCUGGAUUAUCAUGAGAUCGGGCGAUCAAUAUCGACCUUGAUGUCCAACUCGUCCUUCCACAAAGUGGCCUACAAGGCCAACGAGAGGCGGGAACUCCUCUCGGCCAUCAAUGAGUUUUUGGACGACUCGAUCGUCCUGCCACCUGGAGACUGGGAGAGACAGGCUCUGCUUCCGUUUGAAGAACUUCGGGCGAAGAGCCAGCACAUCAGGAAGAGGAAGGCCAAGGCUAUUGAAGACAAAAAUAAGAAGGCUACUAUGAGCGAUGCUGCCAUUAAAAAAGCAAUCAUGGCUGGCGAGGAGGAGAAGAAGCCUCCCGACGACGACGACGACCCUCUGCGAAGAACCAAACGCCCCUUUGGCGGUCUGAUCAACGACAUCAAGAGACGCUAUCCCCAUUAUUUCUCCGACUUCACUGACGGUCUAAACUCCUCCUGCCUCGCAGCCGCGAUUUUCAUGUACUUUGCGGCCCUCUGCACAGCCAUCACCUUCGGCGGUCUCAUGAGCAGCAAGACCACCAACAUGAUCGGCAUCUCCGAAACCCUGAUCUCCUGCUGCUUCACGGGAAUAAUCAUGGCUCUAUUCGCCACCCAGCCUCUCGUCAUCAUCGGCACAACCGGACCCCUCCUCCUCUUCGACAAGAGUCUCUACGACUUCUGCGUCGGCUACGACCUCGAAUUCCUGACGAUGCGUGUCUACGUCGGAGCCUGGAUGGGAAUCAUCUCGCUGAUUGUCGCCUGCGUCGAGGGCUCCGUCCUCGUUCGACUCUUCACGCGCUUCUCCGAGGAAAUUUUCACCGGCCUCAUCUCCAUCCUCUACAUUGUCGAGGCCAUCAAGAAGAUCUACGAGUACUUCGGGGCCAAUCCGCUCUUCACGGAGUACUGCUUCAGUGAGGAGGGCAACAACCGGACCGGAAACACGACUGAACCGAGUUUUCUUGCCGAAUUCAAUGAAUCGAGUCGCGUCUCGCUGAUGAGUUCGGAGGAGGAGCUGCACAAGUAUCUGCCGAGAUUCAAUCGGAAUGGGAGUCUGAUCAAUCAGCCGAAUACGGCGCUGAUGUGCACUAUUCUCUGCUUGGGGACCUUCCUGGGAGCCUACUAUCUCCGGAUCUUCAGAAACAGUCACUAUCUGGGGAGAAGUGCGAGGAGGGCCUUUGGCGACUUUGGUGUGCCGAUUAGCAUCGUUAUUUUUGUUCUUAUUGAUUUCUUGUCGGGCGUCCAGACGGAGAAGCUUCUCGUUCCGGAAGGAUUCACACCCACGGAUUCCACGCGAGACUGGAUUGUCUCGCCGGCAGGCACGGCCAAACCGAUUCCGCUCUGGAUAGCACUUGCCAGUUCCAUUCCUGCUCUCUUGGUCUACAUUCUCAUUUUCAUGGAGACUCAAAUCUCAGAACUAAUAAUCGACAAAAAGGAGCGUAAAUUGCGGAAAGGCAACGGCUACCAUAUGGACAUUGUGGUUGUGUGCCUCAUGAAUGUAGGCUGUGGAUUGAUGGGAGCGCCAUGGUGUUCGGCCGCAUCUGUCCGAUCUCUGACGCACGUCAAUGCGCUCACAGUGAUGUCACGAACUCAUGCACCGGGUGACAAGCCGCACAUUGUCGAAGUCAAGGAGCAGAGGGUUAGCGCUCUUCUUGUCGCCAUUCUGGUGGGAGUUAGUGUUCUCAUGGCGCCUCUUCUUCGACGCGUUCCGAUGGCCGUUUUGAUCGGAGUCUUCCUCUAUAUGGGUAUCUCUUCUACAAACGGAGUUCAACUCUUUGACAGGAUAAAAUUAUUCUUCAUGCCUGCAAAGCAUCACGGAACAGCGGUUUUUGUCCGGAGAGUGCAAACUUAUAAAAUGCACAUCUUCACGACAAUACAAAUCACGUGCUUGGCGAUUUUGUGGAUUGUCAAGGACUCUAGAGCCGCCUUGGCCCUUCCAUUUUUUCUAAUCUUAAUGAUCCCUCUGCGAGCUCAAAUGACCCAUUUUUUCACGGCUACGGAAUUGCGAGCUCUGGACAGUAAGGCUCCGGACAAUGAGGACGAGCCAGAUUUUUACGAAGAAGCGCCAUUAAGCGCAUAAAAAUGCGCGUGCCUUAUUAUAUUUUCAUCCUAUUUAUAUUUCACGAAAAUCUUCAAAAAUUUUAUCCCAAACUUGUAUAAUAUCAUUCUGGAUUUUCACGUUUUUUUUUUAUUAUUUGAAAAUUAUCAUUUUUAUUGCAAACUAGUAAAUAGUCACAUCAAAUGAUUCGUAGUGUUGAAAAAGAAAUUUUCCAAAAUCAUGUUUCAAAUUGUUCUUCAAAUUAAAUUUUAAAAAUUUAAUCUUAGGAAUGAAACAGGUGCCAAACUUAGAUUUAGGAAAUGUCAAUAGUAGUGAAUUAUGAACUUCUCUCGGCACGUUUCUUCUUAAAGUUUUAAUCAUUUUUUUGUAUAUAAUUCCAGGGAUCACAGUAAUUUAGCAAUUUAAUUUUAGGGAAAUUUUUCUUCGUGAAAAAGGUUUUUUUUUAUAAAUUUAAUUAAACUACAAAAUAUGUGCGCGAUUAUUAUUUUUUAUUGUCUCACCCAAUUUUUAAGUUUUAAUAUGAAAUAAUUUUGAUGCAGAAUGAGAUUCUGUUGUAUCUAUUAUCUAAACGUAAUGAAAAAAGAAAAUCAAGUAGAAUAUUUUUGAUAAUUGACGAAAAUUGAUAUCUUAAUUUCAGAAAUAAUUAUAUUCUUGUACCAUAUAUAUAA